AUGGACACCGCCCGGCCCCCGCACUCCGACCAGACGACGCCAGACGACCACGAUGAGCUCCAAGCACCGCCAACGCAGCGCCGCCUUGCUUCCUCCACCAUCCGUCCCGUCACCCCAGACGACGUCUCCGAGGCCCAAAUUCCCCUCCCUCCCGACGACGACACCACUACCACCACCACCCACCACCUCGACACAACCACGACAACCGCAACAACAACCACCUCGCCCCAAACCUCGCCCCGCACCGUCUCGCGCGAAAACACUCAAAACCGCCGCCAGGGCAUCGUGGGAGCGCGCGGCGAUGGAGAAAUGGCCCUGAGGAGCGCAAGGGAAACACAAAACCGGCCGCGCACGCGGACCAUGGAGGAGCGGACGUCGCGGGACCGCUCUCCCGCCUCGUUGUUUGCCUACAACCGCCACCGCAUCGGCUCGGUGCACUCGACGGGCCCGGGGCCCUUUCAAGGCCUCGACGACAAGGUCACGUCCAUCGGCCACCCCUCGACCGUCUCGCCCGCCGGCACCGCGCCCUCGUCGCGCAACAACUCGGGCUCGGGCGCGUCGCGCGCCCAGCGCCUGGCCAAGCAGCAUGGCGCCGCGGCUCCGCGGCCGACGUCGCCGCUGCCGCAUCCGCAUACGGCCGCCCAGCCCGACUCGUGGAUCUCGCCCGUUCCGGCGUCGGAUGCCAAGAAGAUCCUGCGCCUGAUGCGUGUGACGUGCGGCCGCAUGAAGGGCAUGCUGGCCUUUCGGCGCGGCGAGAGCAGCCCGUGGGGUCUGUCGUAUUGCUACAUCAAUGAGGAGACGGGCAGCCUGGUCUACGAACCCAAGAGCGACACGUCGUACCACCGCACCUUAAUCCCCGACCUGCGCGGCUGCCGUGUCAAGACGGCCUACGACCCCGAGUCGUUGACGGCUUACAUCGACGUGAACCUGCACAACUCGAAUCUCGAGGUCCACCUGCGCCCGCCGACGCAGGAAGAGUACGAUUCGUGGUUCGCCGCGCUCAUGUGCUGGCAGCCCAUCCGACCCAAGGGUAUCCAGAACAAGAUGGCCAAACCGCAGCAGCCGCUGGCGGGCGUGCCUGAGAAGAAGCCGGCGGACAGCAGGCGGCACUCUGAGAUUUCGUUGCUAAAGGAAGCGCCCAUUAUCAAGGUGGGCAAGAUGAUUUUCUGGGACACGAACGUAUCUUACGCAAACUCGGGCGCGGUGAAGGCAAAUCAUGGCGGCGCCGCGGCAGCUUCGGGGCAGCGGCCGUCGCCCGGCUACCGCAUGCAAAGCUUUGGGUCGCGGCGGUGGCGGCGAGUCUCGUGCACGCUGCGGGAGAACGGAGAGCUGAAAUUAUAUUCUGAUACCGACGUCACGCUAGUCUCUGUGGUGCAGCUGUCGCAGCUGUCGCGGUGCGCGGUGCAGCGCCUCGACCCGACGGUGCUGGACAGCGAGUUCUGCAUCGCCAUCUACCCACAGUACACAUCAACGUCGACAGCACUAUCGCUGCUGCGGCCCAUAUUCCUCUCGCUAGACUCGCGUGUGCAGUACGAGGUGUGGAUCGUGCUGCUGCGCGCCUUCACCAUCCCGCAGCUGUACGGGCCCAAGCAGCCGUCGAUCAGCCUGCCCGAAGACCUGGCCAACUCGCAACACUCGCUACAGGCGCAUCUAGACAUGUUCCGCAUGGAGCGGUCGCUAAACGUGCGCAUCGUCGAGGCUCGGCUGAACCCGCCGAUCAGCCCCAAGUGGGCCGAGAGCCAUGCGCUCGGCCGGCGGCCGCAGUCGGGCACGACGAACAAGGACACCACCCCCGGCGGCUACUAUGUCGAGGUGCUGCUGGACAGCGAGACGCGCGCGCGCACCAUGCUCAAAGACAUCACGGACCCCUUUUGGCGCGAGGAAUUUGACUUUCAGGACCUCCCCGCCGUGCUGUCGACGGCAAGCUUGCUGCUCAAAAAGCGGCCGGCCUCACCUCCCGGCGAUGCCAAGCACGACAAGGCCAAGCGCGACGCGUUUGCGGUGCCCGACGGCAGCGGCGGGUACACGGGCAUCUCGUUCGACCAGACGUGCGGCAAAGUGGAUAUAUACCUGGACGACAUGGAGUCGGGGCAAGAGGUGGAGAAGUGGUGGCCGCUGGUGAACAUGUACGGCAACUCGGUUGGGGAGGUGCUGGUGCGAGUCAAGACGGAGGAGAGCGUCAUCUUGAUGGCGCGCGACUACCAACCCAUGUCGGAGCUGCUGCACCGGUUCAGCAACGGGCUGACGAUGCAGAUUUCGCAGAUGAUACCGGCGGAGCUGAAGCGGCUGAGCGAGUGCCUGCUCAACAUCUUCCAGGUGUCAGGCCAGGCGGGCGACUGGAUCAUGGCGCUUGUCGAAGAGGAGAUUGACGGCACGCUGCGCGAGUCGUCGACGGUGAGCCGGCUACGCUUCAGCCGGCGGAUGGGAACGGGCGAGGGCGGCGAGGGCGGCGGAGGCGGCGGUGGCGGCGGCGCGGGCGUUGUCUUCAGCAACGCGGGCGACCGCGAGCUGGUGGUGCGCGACCUGGGCAACAAUGCGAAGCUCGAGGCCAACCUGCUGUUCCGCGGCAACACGUUGCUCACCAAGGCGCUCGACUUCCAUAUGAAGCGGCUCGGCAAGGAGUAUUUGGAGGAGACGCUGGGCGAGAAGCUGCAGGAUAUUGCCGACAAGGAUCCGGAGUGCGAGGUCGACCCCAACCGCAUCACCAACUCGCACGAGCUCGACCGCAACUGGCGCCGCUUGAUCCAGCACACCGAGGACAUUUGGACUUGCAUCUACGCCAGCGUGUCUCGCUGUCCGGCAGAGCUGCGCGUCAUCUUCCGCCAUGUGCGCGCCUGCGCCGAAGACCGUUAUGGCGAUUUCCUGCGCACCGUCACGUACAGCUCCGUCAGUGGCUUCUUGUUCCUGCGCUUCUUUUGUCCGGCCGUGCUGAACCCGAAGUUGUUUGGCUUGCUUAAGGACCACCCCAAAAUGCGCGCCCGCCGCACCCUGACUCUGAUCGCCAAGUCCCUCCAGGGUCUCGCCAACAUGUCGACCUUUGGCGCCAAAGAACACUGGAUGGAGCCCAUGAACGCCUUCUUGACCGCACACCGCCAGGAAUUCAAGUCCUUUAUCGACAACAUCUGCGCCAUCUCCCCCAACACAAGCUCCGUCUCCCCCAUUCCCCCCUCGUACAGCACCCCUCUUGCCAUUCUGCAACGACUGCCCCCGACAUCCCGGGAAGGGUUUCCUUCCUUGCCCUACCUCAUCGACCACGCGCGCAAUUUCGCCGAGCUCGUCGAGUUGUGGCUGGAGAACAUUGGCGGGGACAUGGCGCACACGCUCGCCCAAGAAGAAGACGGCGACCUCGCGCGCUUUCACAACAUUUGCAUCACGCUGCACGCGCGCACGCGCGACUGCCUCGAGCGAGCCGAGCGUGCCGAAAGACCGAGCAGCACGCUCAGCGUCAAGUGGGAGGAGCUGGUUGAGCAGCUCGAGACUAACAAUUGCACCGGCAACGGUACCACGUCGCCGGUGCCAGAAGUGCCAGAAACAAUGACACCGAGCGGCACGCCCUCGCCCGGCCUGAUCGAGACGGGUUCGCUUCGCCGCAAGCACCGCGACACGGAAGCCAGCACCACAACAACCAGCUCGUCAACGACGUCCAACACGACCAACAACCCCCUCUCCGCCGGAUCGGGACCCAUGUCGCCCGCCGCUCCUGGAAGCUCCGCCGGCGCUAUUGCCACGGCCGGUUUUAUUCCUUGGCACCAGCGCGGUGGCGACCCCUGGGACUUUGCGACGGCGACGGCCGCACACCGCGCCUCGGACCUGUCGACGACAGCGGGUACGCUCGGCAGCUCGCGCAGCCUGUCGUACCGCGAGCGCGACCGGGCACCGCACCACAUACACGUGCACACGCACGGCCAUACGCGGGGCGCGGCGUCGGCGUCUCCGGCGCGAUCGGCCACGUCGCUCGUCAGCGCAACGACACCACGGUCCAGCAGCCGGUACGCAGCCUCGGCCGAAGGCGGGGGCAUGGGCAGCGCGGCGGGCAGCGUCAAGGGCAGCAUCGAGGAGACGAGCGACGAGGACGAGGUGGGCGACAGCGACGCAGACGGCGAUGCCGAGACCGAGGCCGACGCCGAGACGGAAGCUGAUGCCGACGACGCCGCGAGUAGCUGUCUGGGGCUGGAGCACACGCCGCCGGGGAGCGCGCAUGGCGGCAGCGCGUACGGCGGUGUGAGUGAGCCGAUGCACGGCAUGCCCAUCCCGGGCAGCAGCAGCAGCAGCAGCCACUACCAAGCGUACCACCCGCAGUCGGCGCUGUCGCAGCAGCACAUUGAGCACGACUCGUGGCCGCGCGCGGCGGCGAGCAGCCUCUCAUCGCGCGGCAGCGGGUUCCCGGGCAGUCCGCAGAGCGCGUACAGCGCGACGUCGCGGAGCCAGCACGCCGGGGCGUCGGGGCCGGGCGGGCCGCUGCUGUUUGGCGGCGGCGGCUCGACGACGACGCUGACGACGACGCCCGGCGGCUCGCGCAGCCUCGAGAGUAGCAUGUAUAGCGACGGGGGCGGGGGGUUGUCGCCGGCGCCGCUGAGCGCGACGACGCUCUCGAGUGCGGUGACAGGGCCCUCGACACCGACGCCGUCGUCGGGCGGGGGCGCGCUGGACGACGGCGGCUCGGACGGCGAGUUUACGACUGCGCUGCCGCCGCUUUCGGCGGCGAGGGAGGCUGGUAGUGGUAGUGGCAGUGGGAGCGGCUUGCCGCUGGGAAGGAUGGGCAUGGGCAUGGGCAUGAGUAUGGGCAUGGGCGGGGGCGGGGGCCUGACGAUCAGCAGCGCGAGCGGGCCGCUCAGCACGCACAGCAGCCACUACCACGGGCACCACGGGCACCACGGGCACCACCACCACGGCUACGGGCCGUCAUCGACAAGCAUCAACACGACGACUACGACGGGCGGCGGAGCAGGAACAGGGACCGGGACAGGGACGCCCACGACGACAUCGUCGCAGCGCGAACACCGCUACGCAGAGGUGUUGGAGGGCUUGGGCCGCGUGGAGCGCGAAGCCCGUGGGUUCAGGAACUUGGUCGGGUUUAAGAAGCGCAAGGAUAAGGAUAAGGAUAAGGAUCGCGCGGGCGAGAAGGACGAGAAGCGCGAAAGGGAGAAGAUGGAACGCAGGGAACGGAAGGAGAGGGAGCGCAUGGAGAAGGAGCUAAGUAAGGAAAGGGAGCGCGAGCUCAGGGCUGUGGGUGGGGGUGCGGGCGAGGGCGAGUGA